AUGGGCAGCCAGCCCAGCCGGGAGAGGCCACCCGGCAGCCCCAUGCAGCCCCCCGAGCCCCCGCUUGCAGGGCUGGUGGUGUCCGCGGUGUCCGGCCGGCAGUGCCACAUCCCCAGCAGCUAUGUGGCCAAGGUCUGGCACAGGUGGCUGUACGAGGGGAUCAGUCGGGAGAAGGCAGAAGAGCUGCUGCUCCGGCCUGGCAACUGCAGCGGGUCAUUCCUGAUAAGAGAGAGCCAGACCAGGAAAGGUGAGGGCCCACACGGCCGGGGCAGCCCUGUCUGUCCCCAGCAGAGCAGCACCCACUACCGCAUCCAGCGCCUGGAGAACGGCUGGCUCUACAUCUCGCCCCGGCUCACCUUCCCCAGCCUGCAUGACCUGGUUGACUACUACUCGGAGUGCGGGGACGGUCUCUGCUGCCUCCUCAAGGAGCCCUGCCACGUGGCUGGGGGGCGUCCGGCCCCAGCCCGGCGCCUGCCUCCGCCACUGGCUGUCAAGAAGCAGGCUCUGGACUGGGACCGGCUGGACAGCGCUGCGCUGUUGCCCGAGGCCAUGGCACUGCCAGAGGAGGACUCGCCCAUCAGCCUGGGCUUGCGUGACACCAUCAGCUCCUACCUGCUGCUGACGGACCAGGCGCCGCGGGAGAAGGGCCCGGCCGAGAAGGGGAAGAGCAGGAAGAACAGCUGA